AGCAAACUCUGUAUAGAAAAGAAAAGAAAAGACUCGGACAACAGUAAUAAAAGAGGAGAGGGGGAUAGAGAUGUGGAUUCCAGCGGCAUCAGAAUCCACCAGUCCUCUGCUGGAAUCAAGCAAAGAGAGAUGGUGGGUGAAGGUUCUGGACAAAGAAGAAGCCAAAAAUCAGAUUCUGUUCGCCCUUCCCAUGAUUCUCACCAACGCCUCUUUCUACUUCAUCACUCUCGUCGCCGUCAUGUUCGCCGGCCACCUCGGUGAGCUUCCGCUCGCCGCCGCCAACCUCGGCAAUUCCUGGUCCUGCGUCUCCGGCCUCUCACUCAUGGUUGGUCUAAGCGGGGCACUUGAGACAUUAUGCGGACAAGGAUAUGGUGCAAAGAUGUACAGAAUGAUGGGGAUUUACCUUCAGACUUCGUGCAUCAUAUCGUUGAUUUUCUCUGUUAUAAUUUCUACAGUUUGGUGGUUUUCUGAUCACAUCUUAAUUUUACUAAAACAAGAGCCUGAAAUAGCAAAACUGGCUGGCCUGUACCUCAAGUUUCUCAUACCCGGAUUAUUCGCCUAUGGUUUUCUGCAAAAUUUGUUGAGGUUUAUGCAGACACAGAGAGUUAUUUUACCAUUGGUCUUGAGCUCAAUUGUGCCACUAUCUAUUCAAGUCGGCCUCACUUAUGUCUUGGUUUGGUCAACGAGCCUGGGUUUUGCUGGUGCUCCAUUGGCUGCCUCAAUUUCAUUGUGGAUAUCAUUCUUUAUGUUGGGUUUCUACGUACUAUAUUCGGAGAAAUUCAAGAAUACCUGGGAAGGAUUUUCGUCGGAAUCAUUUGCUUAUCUAUUUACAACUAUGAAGCUGGCUUUGCCCUCCGCUGCUAUGGUGUGCAUGGAGUAUUGGGCUUUCGAGCUUCUAGUGCUAUUGGCAGGCAUUAUGCCGAACUCGGAGAUAACAACGUCACUUAUUGGAAUGUGUGUGAACACAGAAGCCAUUGCCUACAUGAUUGCAUAUGGACUUAACGCAACUGCAAGCACGAGAGUGUCGAAUGAGCUGGGAGCUGGAAAACCUGAGCGAGCUAAGCAAGCGGUUGCAGUGACUUUCAUGUUGUGCGUCCUUCUCGCUUUGGCAACCGCUCUUUCUCUCAUCAUUGGUCACAAUGUUUGGGCUGGCCUAUUUAGCGAUAGCUCUGUUGUCAUUUCAAAAUUUGGAUCAAUGGCACCCUUCCUUGUUACCUCAUUUAUGUUUGAUUUUUUCCAAGGAAUCUUAUCAGCGGUAGCUAGGGGAUGCGGUUGGCAGCACUGGGCUGUGUGCAUAAACUUGGGAUCAUUUUAUGGCAUUGGUAUGCCAAUUGCAGCAGUCUUGGGUUUCAAGUUCCAACUCUAUGCCAAGGGAUUGUGGAUUGGGUUGAUAUGUGGUCUGGCUUCUCAAUCAUGUGGUCUGUUGUUGCUAACUAUCUUCACCAAGUGGGACAAAGUGGAGUUAGCACCUAAAACUGAUAAAGAGAAAGCAUUGCUGGGUUAAUUAGAGCAUGAGGGUUCCUUUACUUCCUUAUUUAUGUAGAGUAGAUGAUUUUCUUUAUGAGGAUUACUUUUAUGUCUUUAUGAGGUGUUCUAAACUGUAAUUUAAUUUCAGCCUCAUCUCUUCUGCAAUGAAUCUCUCAUGAGAACCUGAAAUAAGUAGGGGUAUAACUUUAUAGUUACUCCCCCAAUCUAAAAAAUGAUGAGCUGCUGAUAAAUAAAGAAUUAAAUAUAUUAAAUGGAUGUAUUUUUUGUGGUCACAUUUUCUCCUUUUUGAAAUACUCUAAAACCGUUCAUCAU